AUGCCAGGCGGCGUGGUGUUUCUAGUUUGCAUACCGACAACCAGCUACGAGCAUCAAUUAAUCUUCGGGGUGCCGUUGAAACGCGGAAGGAGGGAUGAAAAAUCGGAGAAAGCCGUGGACGUGCCGAAAGUCAACGUGCGUCUCAGAGAAACGAAAACGAAAACGCAACUGUUGACGCUCGCCGACGACGAUGACGCGGAUGGUGUUGAUAUUGCCGAUGGCUUCGGCGGCAAAAGGUACCUUCGAGCUCGGGGAUACGAUACUUCCGGUCUGCGUGGAAGGUACCCUGUCUUCGUCUCGAUGGAAACGGUUUUGGAGGAGCUUCUGAAGAAGUUGAAAGUUCAGCAUAUAGUUUGGUGCAAGGACAAAGAGGACAUGUACUACGAGGUGAUAUUUCCGGUCCCCGCUGGAGAAUCAUGCGAGAACUGCCUGCACUGUCUCACGGAGAUGGGGAUCGGCGUGAAGAUGAACUCCAUAGUAAGUGUGAUUCCGACGCAGUGCACGUACAGCGGCAUCAGCAGCGUUGGUUCCACCGUUAAGGACGAUCUCGCACGAAGGCGGAAGGAAUCGGAGGAUAGGAAGAACGCUUGGAAAGCUUUCGUGGAGUCGAUACGAUCAAAAUUGACGGUGAAACAAGUCGUGGACGGCGUCCGCAGCGGAGGAGACUUGACUUUCGAUUACGUGUUGCUGGUGCUCACGGCGGAUUGUCUCGCGGCCCUGGGUCUCGUCGAGAAUAGCGCGACAAACGUCGUCGCCGCCAUGUUGGUGUCUCCGUUAAUGGGUCCCGUGAUGUCGGUAACCUUUGGCACUAUUAUAGCGGACAGGAAUCUCCAAUUUAUCGGAAUCAAGAGUUUAUUGCUGGGCAUAUUUCUAUCUAUGCUCUUUGGUUUCAUAUUCGGUCUACUCCUGGGUACCACCGAGAUGCCUUGGGGGUACGGCGAUUGGCCGACCGAUGAGAUGAAAGCUAGGGGCAAUUACAGGUCUCUGUGGAUGGGUGUGUUAUGGGCUCUUCCGUCUGGCACCGGUGUCGCCGUGGCUCUAUUACAAGGAAGCAAUGGACCUCUGAUUGGAGUCGCCAUAUCGGCUUCCCUGCUACCCCCCGUGGUGAAUUGCGGCUUGUUCUGGGCACUGGGGUGCAUAUGGCUGAUCUAUCGGCCGGUUAAAAUACCGCACAUAAAGGGCGAGUCUUACACGGAUUACAACACGUCCUACACCUACGUGUACACGGACUAUCUGCCGGUCGAGUUCUUCUGCAACGGCAUAAUCAGCGCGUGCUUGACAUUUAUCAACGUGAUAUGUAUCUUUAUCACCGCGAUAAUAGUUCUGAAGAUUAAGGAAGUCGCUGCCCCGUACACGUCCACGCCGGAAUUACGCCGAUUCUGGGAACACGACAUCCGGCUGGUCCGUGAUAAGAAUAUUUCACGAGAUAACAGCUCCCUGGAUUCGAGCUACUAUGACGGUUUGAGUAAAACCAAACAACGGGCGCUGGAGCAAACGCUGAACAAAGCAGUCCGCGAAGCCAUCAACGACGAGACCUUUCGCAAAGUACAGAGAAUAAGUUACGGUCAACACGGUCCUGAACAGUUUACUCCAAAAUUGGGACUCCAAGUCAGCGGUGCGAGUGACAUUACAAAUAUUGGACACACUGAAGGAAUCAUCUCGGACAGUUUUCGACCACCGGACAGUUUAGGAAAUUCUGGUAACACGAGCGAGGACUUGGCAGCGUUAGAUCGACUGAUCACGCAUCUUUUGAAUCAGCCGAGCGACAUCACUGCCGGAAAUUUGGAUUCUUGGCGGCGUUCCCGUCGGGCAAGUGCCCGCGGUUACAAACAAUUACGCAGCAACGUAGCCGCGGCUGAAAAUGGCGAUGUCCGUUCUAACGUUGACACGACGCCACUUUGAUAAUGCCUAAUUCGCUAUGUAAAAUCGCUGUUAAAAAUAAUAAAUAUACGAUCCAAUCACCGAA